GUUGCCAAGGCCUCGGCUCAGCGGGGUGGCGGUCCCGCCGCCGCCGUCCGCGCGCGGGCCGGCGCGAUGGUGAAGCUCGCUGCCAAGUGCCUGCUGGCAGGAGAUCCAGCUGUGGGUAAGAGUGCUUUAGCCCAGAUGUUUCGCAGUGAUGGGGGUCAUUUUCAGAAGAACUACACACUGACAGCGGGCAUAGAAUUGUUGGUGAAGGCUGUAUCAGUUCCAGAGACAAGUGAUAGUGUGGAAUUCUUCAUUUUUGACUCUGCAGGAAAAGAUCUAUUUUCUGAAAUGCUGGAGAAACUGUGGGAGCAACCCAACGUCCUGUGCAUUGUGUAUGAUGUCACUAAUGAGCAAUCCUUUGACAACUGUAACAAAUGGUUGGAGAAGCUGAGGGCUCAAGCAGUUGGGAUGCACAUCCCAGGUGUCUUAGUGGGGAAUAAAACAGACCUAGCUGAUCGUCGAGUUGUGGAGCAGGAACAAGCACAGGAGUGGGCUGAGAAACAUGGCCUGGAAUACUGUGAGAUGUCAGUGAAGGAAAUGAAAAAUUUUGAGGCCCCUUUCCACAUCCUGGCAAAGUUAUUCCACCAACUGUACAAAGAGAAAGUGGAAACUUUUCACUCACUAGCCUGACUGAAUCUGUUUCUUUCCUUCGGCGUGGCUCACUGUCCCUGCCUGGUGGGAGCUGUGUCGCGUCCAACCGCUGUCACUUGGUGACGCAGUGCCCUCUGCUGGUCCCAGGUCGCAGGAGUUCUCCAGAGGCUGCCACCUCCCUUGAAGUGAGCAGGAAGGACUUCCUGCAGGCACAUCCAAACUGGCUUAGCUGCAAAAUGGAGUGAAAUUGCAAGAAUACCUUUUCUAUUCUCUCUAGAGAAUAGAUGACUCUAAAACUUACCAAAAAUUACCUUUUCUUCUUCAUGUCUUUAUCAUCUUACAUAUUGUUGUGUCAUUUUUGUCAGCUGAAUUUGGCAAUACUGUUCUGAUUAGGUUCAGCUCUCAAUCUCAAAAUCAGAGUCCUCUUAUUAAAGUCUCUCUGCUUGUCAUUGAAUUUCAGAUAAAAGACCACGGCUCUGAUGUUGCUAGUGGAAACAGAACUAAGGAAAUGAAAGACAGCCUGGCUAAGUUACUCUGACUCAGCUGUGUCUGGCUAGAAGUUUCAUAUUAGAAAGGGUAAAAGCCUAGAGAGAGUUGCUCUAUUGUGUGGAGUACUGAUGUUCCAUGUGUAGAGUCUUUGCUAAUGCAGUAUGCAAAAGCAUCUGUGGUAAGGCACUGCCUUGUAACUGAGCUUAACACCAAGAGUUUCAAAAAUUUAACCACUAUCUUCCCGAUUAUGGUAGACUCCCUUGGGCAAGGGAAGCUGAGUUUUGUAAAGACUGAGCACUGAGUGAUUUUUCAGGCAGCCUUUUCAGGAAUCUGUGUUUCAAGACUUCGAUAUGUGUGGUUUAUAAUCAUCUUUAUGCCCAGUGCUAGGAAAAGUACAUUAAAUUGAAUGUAAGAAAUAUGGCUGCAGGUGUUGUAUCAGACUUUAUGAAGCACUUCAAUAAUCUGGAGAAGCAGUGGCCUCAUUUCACUGGCAACAGUGUGUUGAUGCUGAGAACUCACUAGGGAGCAUGAAUACCAGUUAAAGAGGAUGAGUAGCAGCUGAAUCUAAAAGAAGUAAAAAUAAGAGGUUCUUUUGCUAAAAGCCAACUCAGAAAUGACAGAACAAGCUGGGAAAGCUCCUGCUUUCCCCAAAGAAGGAAGGAGACCUGUAUGGACUUAGGGUAACUGGAAGACUCACUCUUUUUGAACCGGAUUAGCAUUACUGGCAUUUGUAUCUAGCACGGGUUUUCUUGUUAAUCCCGUGUGUUUUCUGUUGAUUUACAUAGGCCUUAUAGACUCUUCCUUGCAGAUGCUGGUAUCUGCACCUUUUAUUCUUACUCUGACUAGUAAGAAUAAAAGCUAUUUUGGAUGCUGUGCUGAUCCAGUUAAAGAACUAAAGAAGGUUUGUUUUUAUUUGGUAUCUCAUUUCCCUCUGGUUCUAUUGACAAUGUGAUCACAAAACAAGACACGUAUUUUUUGAUAUUGAAAAUAACAUACCAGAUGUGUAUGUCACCUGUGACAUGGUGUGUCUAGGGGGAAGAAUGCCUUGGGAAUAGGUAAUAAAAUUAAUUCUGUGCGAUCUUUAACCAGGGAGUCUGUCUCUCUGCACCUGAAGGACCUCCCAUAACUUCAAAUAAACACUCUAAAUGCACCUGUAAGAUGAAGAUUGGUGAAUGCUGUUUUAUAAAAUAAAUGCAGAGGCUGGAGGAGCUCAUUAA